GGAGGCGUGGCCGGGGGCGAGGAGGCGCGGCCGCACAGCCAUGUCGGAGGCGGCGGCGGGAAUGGCGGCGGCGGCGGCGGCACCGAUGGCACCGAUGGCACCGAUGGCGGAGGCGCGGCUGCGGCGGAAGCAGCUGCUGAGCGCGGAGGAGGCGGAGCUGUUCGAGCUGGCGCAGGCGGCGGGCAGCGGGCUGGACCCGGAGGUGUUCCGGGUGCUGCUGGACCUGCUGCGCAUGAACGUGGCGCCGCUCGCCGUGUUCCAGGUGCUGAAGUCGAUGUGCGCCGGGCAGCGGCUCCCGCCGGGGCCCGAAGGCGGUCCCGCCGCGCCGGCGCCGAUCCCCGCCGACACCCGAGGCCUGUCACUUGAUGUGUGGCUUUUAAGGCUGCAAGGAACUGACACAGGAAGAAAGGAGUUGUGCAUAGCAGGGGUCAGAAUGCUCUCCUGCCCAGGGAAACUGUCACAAACUCCAGUACCUGUUGGAAAAGCCACGGAGCCCAUCACCAGCCAUGGGCUCUGUCAAAGGUUCCCAGGUUGUUUUCAGAACGUUGAGGGCCUGAGUCCAGUGGUGCUUAAGGGUACCGGUGUGUGUGUAUACAUACCUGGGUUGAGGACCUGCCCUCUCAGCGGACAGAUGCUUGUGAGAAGGGGGAGGACAUUCACCUGGGGACAUGUCUGGGAUUGCUAAAAGCAUCAUGGGAGAAAUAAAACCAGCUCUGCUGUCAGUGGGACACAGAUUCUGGCCGAAAGAAGCAGCCGGGAAGGAUCUGCCCAGAGGAUGCC